GCAAUUUAAUGAAACAUGCGGUAAAAUUACAUGCGAUUCGCUAAGUUUUUUCUUUUGUUUUGAUAAAAUGAUGCUUCAUUAAAAAUUAACAUUACAUUAGUACCAAUCUCUUGCUGGACUAUGUUUGAUAAUCAAGUGAUUCAUACAGAACAUCGUGAUGUUAUUCAUGAUUGUUCAUAUGAUUAUUAUGGACAGCGAAUGGCAACAUGUUCAUCUGAUCAAACAAUCAAAGUAUGGGAACAAAAUGAAAAAGGUCAGUGGGUAGUAUCAUCGAGUUGGAAAGCACAUUCUGGAUCUAUUUGGAGACUAAGUUGGGGUCAUCCUGAGUUUGGUCAAAUUCUUGCAAGCGCAAGUUUUGAUAGAACUGCUUCGGUAUGGGAAGAGACUGUAAGUGACAAACCAGGACCUACAAGUACAUCAACAAAACGUUGGAUAAGAAAAACUAAUCUAGUUGAUUCCCGUACAAGUGUAACUGAUGUAAAGUUUGGUCCUAAAACUCUCGGUCUGGUGUUGGCAACUUCUUCAUCUGACGGCACAAUAAGAAUUUAUGAAGCUCCAGACAUCAUGAAUCUUUCUCAAUGGACACUGCAACAUGACAUUCCAUGCAAAGUGCCAUUAUCAUGCAUAAGUUGGAAUCCUUCAGUGUUUCGUUUACACGCACCAAUGAUUGCGGCUGGAAGUGACAGCACAAGUAAUGAGCCGAAGGUUUUCAUCUUUGAGUACAGCGAAUAUAAUCGAAAAUGGUCAAAAACAGAAACAAUUUCAAGCAUAACAGAUUCAGUUCAUGACAUCGCAUUUGCACCUAACUCUGGUAGAAGUUAUCAUGUCUUGGCUGUUGCAUCGAAGGACGUCAGCAUUUUCAAUUUGAAACCAAUAAUUGAUCAAACUGGAUGUAGUCGAUUUGAAGUAGUUUCUGCUGCUCAAUUCAAUGAUCAUUAUUGUACUGUUUGGCGUGUAACGUGGAAUGUAACUGGAACAAUGCUAGUGAGUUCAGGCGAUGAUGGUUACUUACGAAUGUGGCGAAUGAAUUAUCAGAAAGGAUGGAAAUGCAUUUGUUCCUUCAAACCAGACUCAAAUACACAGCCAACUGUUGAUAGUCCCCCAGUGGUUAAUCAAUCUUUAUCAACAGCAAAAUUCUUUAAAAAAGGUUCUAAUAACACUCAAAUUCAACAACACUAAUUAAAAUUUAUUUACAUGCUAAACUUCAAACUUCUGAAAAAUAAAAUUUGUGAAAUGAAAAAACAUUUUUCCUGUUUUUUUUUUAGUAUU